UUCGAGUCGGAUCCGACGGAUCGAGACGAAAUCCCGACCCUAACACCUCCCUCCGUCUCCUCUCUCUCUCAUCUUCUUGCGUUUCCGAAGCUCUCCCAAACCAACAGGUAAGAAUCGUGAGCGUGCGGGAGGGGAAGAGAAGAAGCUAUAGCAAUGGCAGCGGAUUUGCCGGAGGGGACAGUACAGAACAUACUGGACCAAGAGUCUCUUAAAUGGGUCUUUGUCGGAGGAAAAGGAGGUGUCGGGAAGACGACUUGCAGUUCCAUACUCGCCAUCCUUCUCUCCAGGGUUCGGUCCUCUGUUCUGAUCAUUUCCACCGACCCGGCUCACAAUCUUAGCGAUGCGUUUCAGCAACGCUUCACCAAGACCCCCACUUUGGUUAAUGGGUUCUCCAAUCUGUUUGCCAUGGAGGUGGAUCCUACCGUUGAAAAUGAUGAGAUGGCAGGUGCAGAAGGAAUGGACAGCUUAUUUUCCGAUCUAGCAAAUGCCAUCCCUGGAAUCGAUGAGGCAAUGAGCUUUGCUGAGAUGCUGAAGUUGGUGCAAACGAUGGAUUAUUCGACCAUAGUGUUUGACACAGCUCCGACGGGACACACUCUUCGCCUGCUACAGUUUCCUUCUACAUUGGAGAAGGGGCUUUCAAAGUUGAUGUCUUUAAAGAGUAGAUUUGGUGGCUUAAUGAAUCAGAUGAGCCGUAUGUUUGGCAUUGAGGAUGAAUUUGGCGAAGAUGCUAUCUUGGGAAGGCUGGAAGGCUUGAAAGAUGUGAUUGAACAAGUGAACCGGCAGUUUAAGGACCCGGAUAUGACGACAUUUGUAUGCGUAUGCAUCCCCGAGUUUUUAUCACUGUAUGAAACAGAGAGGCUUGUCCAGGAACUCUCCAAGUUUGAGAUCGACACACAUAACAUAAUCAUCAACCAAGUCCUGUUCGACGAGGAAGAUGUGGAAUCGAAGUUGCUGAAAGCAAGGAUGAGGAUGCAACAAAAGUAUCUGGACCAGUUUUAUAUGUUGUACGAUGACUUCAAUAUCACAAAGCUUCCUCUGCUUCCGGAAGAGGUGACCGGGGUUGAAGCGUUGAAGGCCUUCUCACGUCACUUUUUGAGGCCGUACGAGCCUUCGACGAGCAUCCAAUGCAAUGCGGAAGAGCUCCACCGCAAAAUUAAAACGUUGCGUUUGCAGCUGAAAAAUGCCGAAGAAGAACUUCAACGGAUCAACAUUGCCUGAUGACCCUUUUUCCUCUCUUUCUUUACCAAAUUCAAACAACUUUCUUUUACAUGUCGUCCACUUCUUGGGUUUUUCUGUUUUCUACUUCACCGAUGUGGCAGAACAAAUGUGCGAUAGAAUCAUAUCUUCUUCCGCCUUCUUA